AUGGCCACCGCUACGGAGACUCAGCAUACGACCGGCACUGCCGACCCAGCUUUCAACAGCAAAGAGGCCAAUGGUACUGGCACCAUUGAUCAUGCCCACCACCACGGCCAUCAGCAUCAUGCAACGGAGAGGUCACCUUACGACUACGGAGGCAAUCCAUUGGCUCACUUCAAGACCAACGAACCCAAUGCACGCCUCGCUGCCUUUGGUGGUGACUUCCAGCCUGGUCUCUAUGCUCCCCCGAACCGCAAGUUCGGAAACCCAGCACCUCUUGGACUGUCAGCUUUCGCCUUGACCACCUUUGUGUUGUCUCUGAUCAACGUCGGAACUCUUGAUAUUGCGCAUCCCAAUCUUGUUGUAGCUAUCGCAUACGGCUAUGGUGGACUCGUUCAGCUUCUCGCAGGCAUGUGGGAGAUGGCCAUUGGCAACACUUUCGGUGCCACUGCUCUGUCCUCGUACGGCGGAUUCUGGAUUUCCUUCGCCAUCAUUCUCACCCCGGGAGGCUUCGAAAUCAAGAGCGGUCUUGCUGAGGAAUCAGGCGGCGCUGCCGCAUCGUUCUUGAACUCUUUCGGUCUCUACCUGAUGGGCUGGUUCAUUUUCACGACCAUUCUCCUCGUCUGCACCCUCCGCUCGACCGUCGCCUUCUUCUCCCUCUUCUUCACUCUCGACCUCGCCUUCCUCCUCCUCGGAAUCGGCUACCUCCAGAACGACGGUACGCACCCCAACAACGGCUGCAUUGUCGCCGGCGGUGUAUUCGGUCUCCUCGCCGCGUUCCUCGCAUGGUACAACGCCCUCGCAGGUAUCGCAGACAACAGCAACAGCUUCUUCGUCAUCCCCGUGGCCCACUUCCCCUGGUCAGAGAAGGGACGCGAGCGCCGCAACAAGCUCGACAACCCCGACGCACACACUGCAUAG